UUUCAGAAAUAUUAAAAAACACAUUAAAUUAUAAUAAUAAAUGCAACUUUUUCUGUAAUUUUCAAUUUUCAAUAACUUUUAAUUAAUAAUAAUUUAAUAAAAUCAAUUAAUUUUUUUAAUAUUUUUGAAACAAACUUUUUAGAAAAAGUAAGGGAGGGAGUAAUAUACACUCUGGUUUAAAGACAGAGUCACGCAUUAUGAAGCCAUGAUCUCAUUACUCUUUAGCGUUAUAAAUAGUAAUUACUAAUUUUUUGCGCCAUUAUACAACUCAUUCAUUUUGUAAAUAAAAUCCCAUUUUGUUCUCCGUUUUGUUUGGAUCAAAUACAGGAUGAUGAGGAGGAGUUCAUUGGCUUUAUAUUCUUCAUUGAUUAUGUUCCUUCUCUUAAUCUCUCGGCCUUUGCCAAUUUCAUCUCAUGAAAAUCAUGGAAACACAGCCCAAACGUUAAUGACGACAUCCUGGAGACGAGGUUUUGGACAAAACCGCGAGUCCCUUCGAAUUUUCAUUAGGAAAGGUGGACGUGGUGGUGGUGGUGGUGGUAAGGGUCGCGGUCUCGUCCCUAAGUCGGCUUCCACUCGACCUUAUCUUUCGAUAACAUUUGGUUUCGGUUCCACGGUCACGAGCUUGAUUUUGUUUAUGUUCUUCGCUUUCUAGUUUCGUAAUUUGUGAGCUUCAAGCGUUGUGAAAGUUCUUAUAAAUUGUAAUAUGGUGUAUUGUUUUUCUUUUCUUUUUCUAAUCAUGUGAGCUGAUCAUUGUAAAAUCCGGGAAAACACACCAAAGUUAUCGUGGCUUAUAUAUGUAAUUGUUAAUUUUAAUCGAAAGCAAAGAAAUUCUCCUUUUUGAGUUAUAUAUUUUUAGAAUUUGAAUUCUCUAUUAAUUGUUACGACUUACGGUGAUAAUCUUCAGAUAAUUGUACUUAUUCAUAUCUUACUAGUUGUAACAUUGGGGUAUGUCUCAAUAUGAUUUAGUCCAAUCAAAUUGUACUUACGAUGAAUUUGAUAUGUACAACAGACUACAAGAAAUAUUGUAAUAAGAGGUUUACAUCAAAUUUGCAACCUACGAUGUAUAUCUGAAUAUUAUUAUGUAAUCUUUCUCAAUCUUAAUGCGUGCGUUUUCUCCGGCAAACAAACGUAUAAAGAAAGUCGUGAAAAGUUACCGGAGACGUGGCUCGUGAGUCGUGAGCGAGACAACAGCAACGGUGGGGCUGAGUGAGAAGGCAGUGACAGCCACAAAUUGCACUUGGCCUAGCAAUUUAUAGAAAGUUCUAGAAACCCUCCCAAGCUCCACUUCACCUUUAUCACUUUUAAAACGACGAAGAUUUGAGAUUUUCUUCACACGCUGCCGUUUAUUUGCUGCCAAAUCUUUUCUUUCUUUUUUUCACAUUUUUCGUAAUCAACCGAAGACUGCGAAGCGACGGUACAUUAAUAGUUUAAUACUAAUAUACACUCGGGUUUAAAGACAGAGUCACGCAUUUUAAAGUCAAUAAUUUCAUUAAUGAUUAUUAAUACAUUAUAAUAUACACUCCGGUUUAAAGACAGAGUAAAUAUUAAUUCUUUGUCCCCCAUUACACAUCUCAUUCACUUGUGAAUUAUCCCAUUUUGUUCCCCGAUUUGUUUGGAUCAAAUACAUUAUCCACACCUAUUAUUUUGAUAAACACACAAAUGAGGAUUUCACUGGCUUUAUAUUGUUCAUUGAUUAUGUUCCUUCUGUUUUUCUCUUUGCCUUCACCAGUUUCAUCUGAAAAUCAAGAAAGUACAGCCCAAACGACGACUACCUCUUGGAGACGAAGUCUUGCACAACACGGUGACUCUCUUCGUGUUUUCAUUAGGAGACGUGGUGGUGGUGGUGGUGGCAGGGGUCGUAGUAGCCGCCGUCCUGUCCCUACUGGUGGUGGUGGUGGUUCGUCAGCUACCACUCGACCUUCUCUUUCCAUCACAUUCGGUUUAGGUUCCACCGUUGCGAGCUUGAUGUUGUUGAUGUUCUUCCCCUUCUAGUUUCAUACUUGUGAGCUUCAAGCCUUGUGAAGCUUUUUAUAAAUUGUAAUGGUGUGUUUUUUUUACUAAUCGUGUGAGCUGAUCAAAUAUUGUAAAAUCAGGAAAAUACAAA